AACAAGAAUGUCAGAAUCUUGGGCAUCACACAGAUACACAGGGCCCUCGGGUUCGGGAGACAAAGGUUGAUACAAAACAAGCGCAUUAAGACAGGACUUUAAAAAAACAGUAGAUUGACUAAUAGUAACCCAAAGACCAGUGUGCCUCUAACCACAUUUUUGUUUAUUUUUUAGUGUGUUUCCUUCAUGGUCUUUCUUGUGGGCUUGCCCUAUGCAGUUUGUGUACUUGUUGAGAGCGUUUCAUAUAUGCCUCUGACAUUGUUUUCGCUGAACUCAGUUUUUCCGAGACCCUCUCUCCUCAUAGGCUCAGUUCUGGCCUCGCAGCUGCAGUCCACAGGUUUCGGCGGCAGAAGAGGCCUCGGCUGCUUCCUGUGGGCCCCCUCGCUGGGUGGAAACAUGCAAUGGUAUCUCCUCCUGAUUUGGGCCCAGGGGCUGGGGCAGGCUCCCCUCCCUACCUCAGGAGCUGUGUCAGGCAGGAUAAUGACAAUGGGGAACAUUUCUGCUAAGGAAGGUGGCUCUGUCACCUUGCAAUGUCACCUCUCCUCCACCACUGCCAACGUGACUCAGGUCAACUGGGAGAAGCAGGACCAACUUCUGGCCGUUCAUCACACUGACUUGGGGUGGCACAUCUAUCCGGCCUUCAGGGAGCGAGUGGCCCCAGGCCCCAACCUGGGCCUCACCCUGCAGUCGCUGACCAGGAAUGACACGGGGGAGUACCUCUGUACCUAUCACACCUACCCUGAUGGGAUUUACAGAGGGACGUUCUUUCUGGAGGUCCUGCAAAGCUCAGUGGCUGAGCGCAGCGCUGCGUUCCAGAUCCCACUGCUGGGAGCCAUGGCCUCAGUGCUGGCCGUCAUCUGUGUGGCAGUCAUCCUGGGGGGCCUCUGGACCAGAAAGAAAUGUCGCAGAGUCCAUUGUGGGGAAAGUGGCCUCAGGACGAUGACGUAUGAACAGGAGGAACAGAGUCCCUGCAUCCUGUCGUCCACUGGAAGGGCCAUCCAGGUAGAGAUGGUGCCCGUGGGCCUCUACACGGAGCAGAGGGCAGACGACUAUGCUGAGCCACACGACUACUUCAACGUCCUGAGCUACAGGAGCCUUGGAAGCUUCAGCUUCCUGGCCGAGACUGGUUAGCUCGCAGAGGCAUCUUCUGGGAGACGCAUUCCUGUCCCUGCUGUGACAGGUGGUGACAUAAGGGUCUGCGGUCUCCAUCGCUGCUGUGUGUGCAUGUGAGUGUGUGUUCAGUUGAGUGAGUGAAUGUCAUCCUCGUCCCCGCCCUUCCCUCCCCUCCCUUGUGGCAGACCCACAGUGGGCAGCUUGUAUCUUGGUUGUGAAUGCAGAGUCAAGAAACAAUGAGUCGGUUCUGAAUCGGGCAGUGUGGGCAGACCCUGUGGCUCUGAGGAACGCAUUCCCCCUCGUAGCACCGGGCAGGGCUUUGGUGGUCCUGGCAAGUGGCAGUUUUGUCGUGGAUGAUGGUGAUGACAACGACGAUGAUGAUGGUAAGACUCAUCUCAUUUCUCCCAGUCAUUUUCAUCAGCAACCACGCAUUCAAAACAUUUUAUUUUAUUUUAUUAUUUUUUUUUCAAAGCAUUUUAUGAACAAGGCCUGGCACUGGCUGCCAAGGGGAGGUUCGGACAGGACUACACCAGGCUUUCGGAUCUCAGCCCCCUUAGACCGUACAGAUAAGUGAGGGUAAUGACAUUUCCAUGAAAGGUAGUGCGAAAACAGAGAUAUAAGACGCAGGCCUUUGGGAAGAGCCACUGGCGUAGGCUGUGGUCAUCAGGCCAAGCUUGCCUGGGUGAAGUGGCUCGGGAGGAUGGAGGGAACAGUGAGGCUAGUGUGGUGAGAUCAGGAAUUGUGUCUAGGGAGGGUGGAGAAACUGAAGCAGAGCUGAUGAAAUUCCCACAUGGAAGAACCAAGGGAGCUGAGAGUGCUUGGGAUUUUAUUCCUCGGGCAGAUCCUUCAGGACUCCUUCUGUUGGGUGGGCCUGGAGUCCAGGGAUGGCCUGCUCAGGGGACUCGAGGCCUUCCAGAUGCCUGCCAGGGACAUGCGCAGGAGUGCUGGUCCACUAUAGGAGCUGCAUCCUAGCCCCCGGCCAGGACCCACCUUUUCUCUAUCAAUCCACCAUUGAGCUUGUGAGGAAGGAAUCUGUGUCCUACCAAAAGGAAAACCUGGAUUUUAAAACAUAGGGACUCUUCCUAAGAAAAAGAAGAAAGAGGGGGAUCGAGGGUUUAAGGUGAAUGCCCUCUCCCUAGCUUCUCUGAACCCUUAAAUUCACCCCUUGAGCUCUUCGUGCUGGGGUUUGGGUGGCAUCUAAGUGCCAGUUUCUGUUUAACUGGCAUCCGGCCUCUAUCCUGCCACCACUUCUCUUACAGGAGUGAGGAGGGAAGGUGGGCUUACAGGUGACAGGUUUUCUUCCACGGCCAUAGGAACUGAGUGAGGAUGGGAAGAAGGCUGUCUUACUGGUGGUUGAAAUCAAGCUCUGCUCUGCUCCCUAAGAAUUAGGCAGCCUGAGCAAGAAGACGAUUCAACUCCUGCUCCUUGGAUUUGGAUUUGGAUUUUGGUCACUCUACCAAAUACGUAUGUAGUUAGGAGCAAGGAGCUGAAAUCUGUCCAGAGUGCUAAAUCUUUCGGAAGACAGACAGAUGCACGUAAGAUGCUGUGAUGUGCCAGGGCAGGUCACCCCACUCUUCUUGCUGAACUCCUGCAAACUGCUUGGGAGUAGAACCCAAUUCAUGAGUUGGAGAGGAACUAAAAUGUCAUGACAAAAGGGAGUGGCAGUUUGAUGGAGAGAUGGCGACUGGGUCUCGGCUAGACUGAGAGUCGCAGUGUUAACGUGGUUAUGGUAAACAGGAAAUGCCAUUUGGAUGGUAAUAAAAAUAUAAAAGGACCCAUAGAUGUUAUAAAUAGGUCAGGUUGCUAAAAUGAGAUUGAAUUAGAAAAUACAUUUUAAAAUGGAAUUCAUUGAAGUGGAUCUUCCAUGGAGGACCAGAGAAGAUGAUCCCAUAAAGCCGGGUUCCUGGACACAUGGGCUGUCCAGUGGGAUAGCCACUCUGCAUGGGUAGCCGUCUAGUGUAUGAGAUGUGGUUAAUCUGAAUUGAGAUGUACUGUGCUAGACGUGUAAAAUACACGCUAGAUUUUGAAGGCUUAGUGUGAAUAAUCAGAAUAUAAACUAUCAUGUUAGUAAUUUAAAAAUAUUGAUUACAUGUUGAGAGGAUGUAUUUGGGAUAUAGUCGGUUAAAUAAAAUUAUUAAAAUUGA